CGGAUGUCGGGUUCUCCCGGUGUAGACGGAUGUCGGGUUCCCCCGGUGUAGACAGAUGUCGGGGUUCCUUGUGAUGUUCUCUGUCCUUCAUGUCAUAUUUGGGGUCUCAGUUUCCCACCAUAUUUGUAUAGAGAAUGGUUAUUUAUGGUGAGAUAUCAUCCCGUUCUCCACACAUUCUCCGUCCCUCUCAGGUCUUCCUGGACUCUGAAGAUGAAGCUCCUCCUUUGUUUCUGUCUCCUGUCUGCGGUUUCCACAGUCCUGGCGAGGAGUAACAUUUUAUGCACCGACGUCACCCUGGAAGGAGCAUAUGCUACUUGUCCUGAAGGUUACGCCCUCAGGGAUUGUUCCUGUGGGAGUGUCUGUAGCACGUGGGAGACCCAGUCUGAGGACACUUGUCACUGUCAGUGUGACAAUGUCGACUGGACUUCAGUCCACUGCUGUAGAGUCUGACCACCAGAGGGCGAUGGGAGUGACACCGCUGAAUGAUCUCUUCUAUCACAAGAGCUCCACAUCACAUCUAUUAUAUGGUUGUAGAACGGCUUAUAAAAGUUUGCAUUUGUCAUUUCUUUUGUAGCAAAUAAAGUUUUCUCUGAAAA